AUGUCGAAGAAUCAUCCCGAUGAGGAUGAAACAAACCUAUCCUCUGCCGUUGAUUUUCACCUUCGUGAUCGCUUCAAACUAGAAUAUUCAGCUGAGAAUGAAACUAUGAUAGAGAGAUCUGUGCUGAUACAUAGAGCGGUGUUGAGCUCUGUUGAGCGUCUUUUUGCCAUAUUGUUGGAACAGUACAAAGGAAAAUUCCCCUUCUGGCUUAGUCCCCGCCAGGCCAUAGUUUGCUCUGUUUCAGAGGAUUAUCGUUCCUACGCAGACAAGGUGAGAGAUCAAAUUCACGAAGCUGGCUACUAUGUUGAUGUUGACACAACGGAUAGAAACGUCAGUGACAAGGUGCAAGAAGCUCAGGUUGCACACUACAACUACAUACUAGUCGUGGGUGAUGAAGAGGCUAGAACGGGACAGGUGACUGUUUGGCUUAGAGACGAAAUGAUGAGCAUCGAGACUCUGUCGGAUGAAUUCAAAUUGAAGACGGCCAACUUUCUUUGA